AUGUCCUUCCCCACGGAACCCACCCCGCCGAUGAACAAUCCCACCGCCCCCUUGUCGUCAUUCCCCGCCGCAGAGGGCCCCGAGAAUGCCUCGACCUCUGUCGCACACAGCUUGCCAGAUUCUCAGGGUCUGCGAAGCUGUGUGACCUGUCGUCGAAGGAAAGUCCGUUGCAACAAGCGAUGUCCAUGUUCGAAUUGCACGCGGGCCGGCAUCGAAUGCAUCUUUCCUCCACCCGGCCGCGCGCCGCGCAAGUCGAAGCGACCGCAGGAUGCGGAACUGCUGUCGCGCUUGAAGCGCCUCGAGGGCGUCAUUGAGCAUCUGAGUGAAAAGAAUGCAGGCGCUCUUACUACGCCUUCCCCACCGCAACAAAAGGAGCCCGCCCCUGCCGAUCCGUCUCACUCUGCGGAUAGCGAAAACUGCCCGUUCGCCAAUAUGGACCCUCGGGAACCUCCCAAAACGCGAAAUCUAGAGCACGAGUUCGGUCGAUUGGUGAUUGAAGAAGGGCGUAGUCGAUACGUGAGCAAUCGACUGUGGGCAAGUCUUGGAGACGAGGUGGAGGAAUUGCAGGAUAUUCUCGACCCGUCGUCUUCGGACGAAGAAGACUAUCCAUCACCAGAGUCGUCGUCGACGCUGUCCGGCAACCAUGAAGGCUUCUUGUUCGGUUUCUAUUCCCUUUCGCAAUCUCUACGCAGCUUCCACCCUCCGCCUGCAAAGGUCUCGAUGCUGUGGGAUAUUUAUUCAGAGAACGUUGCGCCACUGGUUCCUAUCAUGCAUAAACCUACGGUCAAGCAGCUAUUCGCCAAUGCAGCUCGGAAACCAGAGUCGAUGGACAAAAACUCCGAGGCGCUAAUACUUGCCAUGUACUUUGUCUCGAUUGUCAGUCUUUCCACCGAAGAGUGUCGGGCUAAAUUUGGCGAAGAGCGAGAGGUCCUCGUGGGCCGUUAUCGAUUCGCGGUGGAACAGGCUCUCGCAAAAGCGAACUUCCUAAAUACCCAACACAUCAUGGUUUUACAAGCUGCUGUGAUCUUUUUGAUCGCCGUCCGUCGAGAGGAUGACACCAAAUUCGUAUGGUCUCUGACUGCUCUUGUUCUUCGUCUUGCGCAAGGACUGGGCAUUCACCGAGACGGCACUAACUUUGGGCUGAAGCCCUUCGAUACUGAGAUGCGGCGGCGACUCUGGUGGCAUAUCUGCUUACUGGAUAUUCGCUCAUCCGAGGACCAUGGAACGGAUGCUCAGAUUCAUGAGAGGAUCUACGAUACUCGACUCCCCUUGAACAUCAACGAUGAAGACAUCACUCCCGGUAUGCUGGAACCGCCCAAAGAGAGAAUCGGCUAUACCGACAUGAGUUUCUGCUUGAUCCGAUGUGACAUCACCGUCGCCCUUCGACGAGUGAGCUAUGCCUGCCCGAAUAACAACUUCCCGGGACCACCUCGACAGCCCUCCCCCGAAAAAUGUGGGAAAUUGAUCAAGGCCGUCAAUGACCGCAUUGAGGAACAAUACCUGAAACACUGUGAUACGAGCGUGCCGAUUCAAUGGGUCUGUGCGACAGUUGGGCGUCUCAUCCUGACGAAGCUCUGGCUGGUGGUUCAUCAUCCAAUGACAAGACCAUAUCAAGGGAUCAACCUGACCAAUGACUCCCGUGAGAGCUUGUUCGUUACCUCGGUUCAGGUGGCCGAAUUUUCUCGUCUUUUGGCGGCAGACCAAAACACUCACAAGUGGAAUUGGCUAUUUGCGACCAACAUGCAAUGGCAAUCCAUUGCUUUUGUUCUGUCGGAGCUCUGCGUUCGCCCCAUCAAUCCUCUAACAGACCGGGCAUGGAACGCGGUCAGUUCGCUCUACGGUGACUGGAUGCGCACCGCAAAACAAAGAAAAGGAAUGCUGUGGCGCCCUCUGGCUCGGCUGAUGAAGCGAGCGAGUGCUUGCCGCGAGAAGAAAAAGGAGGAGAUGCGGCUUCGUGGCGAUCCCUACCCAAGCGCCUCAAAUACUGCCGCGCCACGCACCUUCUCUAAAGGACCACAAAUCGUACCUCCGCCCGUCUUGCCUCAACUGUCGGAGCUUGAAGCUCUGUAUGGAAUGGACACCAAUAGCCAACCCGACCAGGAACCUACUAUUGAUCUCCGUAGCGGGCCUUUGGAGGCCAUCAAUGGCAUGUUUCCAGGCGUGGACUGGUUUGCUGUUCCUACUUCUCAGAGUCCUUCGGAGCAGUCGCUAUCAUAUAACCCGAACCCGAAUCCUGAUCCGACGAUGACUCUUCCAAACCAAUCUCCCGUGGUACCAUUGGCGCCACAAGGAGACCUGUCUUCGCCACAGCUGAACUGGGAUGAGUGGGAUCAAGUUAUGCGCGACUUCCACAUGGAUCUGCAACAGGCACAUACAACAAACCCUACCGGCAACUUUUCGGCCAAUGUGUCUGACUGGUUUAUGUGA